ACCGGGCGGAGUAUCAUUUGGUGUUUUAUGCGCUAACAUUCCAGAAACGUCGAAAGCAGAAGCAGAAUCCCACCUCUCUCUGAAACUGUACUCAUUGACAUCGCAAUGUCUAAGCAAAAUCUGAAUUUUCAAGGUUUUCUAAGUGACUUGCAAGACUGGGAACAUUCUCUAAAAGACAAGGAUACGAAGUUGGAGAAUCAGAAUCCUCAAAAGGGUAAAUUGAAACUUGAAGUGGUUAGUGAGGACAAACGAUCUGAUGGUAAAAGUAAUGCGUCUUAUUUGAGUAGUAGUACGAGUCAGCAUCGACUUUCUACAAACUACGAUCCAUUGAGCCAGAUGUCAAGUAGUUUGAUGACUAACGAGAAUACUGUGGAUGCUGCCUCUGAGAAAGAUCUGGGUAAUGAAUAUUUUAAGCAAAAGAAGUUCAACGAAGCUAUAGACUGCUAUUCUAGAAGCAUUGCGUUCUCGCCAACAGCUGUGGCUUAUGCAAAUAGGGCAAUGGCCUAUCUCAAAAUAAAAAGAUUUCAAGAAGCUGAGAAUGAUUGCACGGAGGCCCUAAACUUAGAUGAUCGCUACAUCAAAGCAUAUUCACGCCGAGCUACAGCCAGAAAGGAACUCAGGAAGCUCAGAGACUCGAUAGAGGAUGUUGAGUUUGCAUUGAGGUUAGAGCCACAAAAUGAAGAUCUCAAGAAACAACGUGCCGAAGUGAAGUCCUUGCUUGAGAAGGCAAUUCUUGCAAAAGCUGCUGGAGCAGCGACGAAAGCUGCACCUGUAGUGAAAGAAGUAGAUACCAAGGUGGAUGCAAAAGGGCGUGAAAAGCGUGCCCUAUCUGCUCCUGAAAGAAGUAAGAAAUUGGGAAUAGAUGUUCUUCCAGAUAAUAUACAGUUGAACAAAACGGUCGAUUCUGGAGAUACAAUGAUCAAAAGCAAGACAAAUGGAGAUAGAAACAGACAAAAAGUAAAUGGCUUGCAUGAAAUUGCACCAGGCAGUUCUCAUUUGAAAAAUGAUAAAAGUGAGAAUAGAGACCUUGGGUUAUCAGUACAAGAGCUUGCUUCUCGAGCUGCAUCUCGAGCCAGGGCAGAAGCUGCUAAAAAUAUCAGCACCCCAAAUUCAGCUUAUCAAUUUGAGGUUUCUUGGAGAGGGUUUUGUGGCGAUCGUUCUCUACAAACGCAUUUAUUGAAGGUCACUCAACCUGAUACACUGCCGCAGAUUUUUAAAAAUGCCUUGACCGCUCCCUUACUCAUUGAUAUUGUCAAGUGCAUUGCAACAUUUUUUAUUGAGGAGACUGAGCUUGCUGUCAAGUAUCUGGAGAAUUUGACCAAGAUCCCAAGAUUUGACAUGAUCAUCUUGUGCCUCUCUCCCGAUAACAAGGCUGAACUUCGCAGGACAUGGGAUGAGGUAUUUCUCAGCAAGGCUAUUCCGAUUAAAUUUGUGGAUUUACUUAGCGAACUCCAUACAAGGUAUUGCCCUCGACAAUGAUCUACAUUUGCCUCUCUGGAAGUUUUGAUCCAUCAGGAAUCCUUGUUCUGAGUAAACUGACUUUAUGUUUAGAUUGACUCAGUAUUUUGCAUACUCUUUGAAUAUAACCUUUGUACACAUUGUACAUUCUACUAAAGCCGAGUAGGAGUCUUCUUUCUAUUUA